UGCAUUACUUUCCCCCUGGAGCCUCGCCCCAGUACAUCGUGUUUUGUAGAAAUAACUCGUGUAGUGGUAGUAAUAAUACUGAUACUUCUCUAAUACUUAAAACACAAAGAUGAAGGGUUACCCAGAUUAUGUCGCUGACUGUGCUGUGCGCUCUCUGAGUUAAUGUAUUGACCGACUGUUACUUGAAGGCAACACAAGGUAAACGUCAAGAAUGUUUGAUUGUUGAAAUCUUUGUGAACGGCUAUGGAAGGAAGAGAGUUUUUCCUCGUCAGUGGAUUCAUUGAUCUACGUUCACUGUAAAUUUUGUCCUCUUUGAUCGCUCGGUUUUUGCACAGCAACCAUUACGGAAGCUAACAGUUCAUGUUUUGACAGCUCAGCCUGUGUCUGCUAGCUAGCUGCCUACCUAACACUAACUAUUUAUCGUUAGCUAACACUGACAGCACUAGCUGUGGGAGACUGCUCAGUUUAUUGAACAAGGACUUGGGAAAAGACAGUUUCUUCCUGGCAGCUGGCUUAAAGUACGCUUACGUAUGUCAGAAUUCGUUUACCUAAUGUAAUGUCGAAAUGCCUUCAAAGGUAGCAAGGUUGGAGGGCUAGUUUAGCUAGCUUCAAAUGCACAAUGAAAUAUCAAAGGUUACAUUGGCAAGACAGAAAACGCUACACUUCCUUUUCUCUUCCCGUACAGUAUUAAUAAGGCCACAUUAUUGUCAGAACUGUAGUAUUUUUUACAGUAUUAUUAGUAUUUCAUGUGUACAGUUAAAGCUAAUAUUUUAGUUUUAUCAAAACGUGGUUGUUGUCUAAACAUCACUGGCUUUAAUGUAAUUGUUUUUUAAUGUUAAAGGCGGUUAAUAUAGGGUUGGUGGGGACUCGUGUCCUGUUAUUGCUUGUAGGGCUACUUGUUUGUUUACACAUAAGCACAGGAUGUCCCUGGCAAACGUGUACUGCUCACUGCAGCCUACAGCUGGGUCAAUCUGUGAUACUGAAAACCUGUGAGGCAGGAGUGUCAGGCACCAGACCCAGAAGUUUCUGGUAUCAUGUAGCCACUCUUGAUUUGUGGCUACCAGGCACCAUUAAGUACCAGGAUGUCUUGAAACCUGAAUAUUGUAGUCAGUGCUAGCGAUUUCUGAUGGUGUCAAGCGUUAACAUGGAUUUAACCUCUACAGUUUGCAUUUUGGUUUGAUAAAUGUCUUGCCGUGUUUCAUUUAAUCACAAACUACCGCAUGUAGUUAUGAAGAAAUGCCACACGCAAGCAGCGGUACAAGGCUAUACCUUUCGAAGAUUGGCAGCUGCAGAAGUGCUUGGUUUGUUUGCAGAAUAAGUAUUCAUUAAAUAAGCAAGUCUUCUUCUCAGAAAGUGUCAAAGUGGUUAAAAUAGUGAAGAAAUCGCUAGAAAUUAGAUCCAGCUUCUUGCUGUAAUUUGUCAAUGUGUAAAAAGGAAUCAUUUGUCUACAAGAAAGCAUCAAAAUGUAAAAGUCAUGCAUGCAGCCAGCCUUCUAGCCUGCGCUUUGUUCAUCCCCAGCGCUUGAGAUAAUGUUCUACCCGUAGGUGGAGGGUUAUCCUCCUACUCCGUUUCUCCCCACUGCCCCCAUCAGUCCCAGAGUUCCCUAUGUUAACCCUGUUGAGCAUGUUUUACUAUAUCUGUCUGCGGCGGCGCUCCAGGAGUGGAACUCGAGGCGAGGCUCUGACCAGUCGACGGGCUGUGGAAUCUGGCCAGAGAGCAGUACUGCCAGUCAGUGUGGAGGUGGAGCAGUACGCCAAAGAGGUUUUGGACUUCAGCUCCCACUAUGGCAGUGAGAAUAGCAUGUCUUACACCAUGUGGAACCUGGCAGGGGUGCCUAACGUCUACCCCAGCUCAGGGGACUUCACCCAGACAGCUGUAUUCAGAACUUAUGGGACGUGGUGGGAACAGUGUGCCAGUGCUCCGCUGCCUUUUCGUCGCACUCCUAAAGGCUUCUACAGUAAGGAUUACAUUGAGCUAGGCUUUGAGGAGCCCGUCUACCCGACAGCAGUGGAGGUGUUUGAGACCUAUUACCCUGGAGCCAUCGUCCAGAUCCUGGCCUGCUCUCAUAAUCCUUUCACCCAGAAUCCGCCUACUGAUGUCAGGUGGGAGGUGUUGUGGUCUGGUGAGCCCACCAAGGUGCUGACUCCACAGGCUCGCCAGUUUUCCCCUAAAAUAAAGCAUAUCGGCUUCCCAACCAACCUGUUGCGUCUAGAGGUGAACAGCUCUUUGCUGGACUAUUACACCGAACUGGAUGCUGUUAUCCUGCGUGGGGUAAAAGAGAGGCCUAUGCUGGCUCUCUAUAAAAUGCCCAUCAUCGACAUCAGUGACCUGAGCGACAGCGAAGAGGAGCUGUCUGAUGUGGGAGGUCCUUUCAGGCAAGGAGAUGGCAAGCACCAGAGGACAGGAAAUGGCUACUUUGACAAACUGCCAUAUGAGCUCAUCCAGCUGAUACUGAGCCACCUGACCCUGCCAGACCUCUGCCGUCUGGCCCAGAGCUGUAAGCUGCUGCACCAGCACUGCUGUGACCCGCUACAGUACACCCAGCUGAGUCUGCAGCCUUACUGGGCCCGGCUGAGUGACGCCUCCCUGGGACACCUGCAGAGCCGCUGCACCCUCCUCCAGAGGCUCAACCUGUCCUGGACCGGCAACCGUGGAGCCCUUACCCUGACGGGCUUCAGCAGUUUCAUGAAGGCCUGUGGUCCCAGCCUGGUCUGCCUGGAAAUGUCAUGCUGCCACUUCCUGAACGAAGCCUGUCUCGAGGUCAUCUCCCAGACUUGUCCUGGACUCCAGGAGCUCAACCUGUCCUCCUGUGAUCGUCUCCCCCCACAGGCCUUCAUGCACAUCUCAAAACUUACACGCCUCCGCAGGCUGGUGCUUUACCGAACAAAGAUAGAGCAAACAGCCAUCUUAAGUAUUCUGACUUUCUGCAUAGAGCUAAGACACCUCAACCUGGGGAGCUGUGUGAGGAUCGAAGACUAUGAUGUUGUAGCCAGUAUGCUGGCCACUCGCUGUCGCUCGCUGUGCUCUCUGGACCUGUGGCGUUGCAGAAACCUGACCGAUCGAGGCCUGACUGAGCUCGUCUCAGGGUGCAGGAUGUUGGAGGAACUGGACCUGGGCUGGUGUCCCACGCUGCAGAGCAGUACGGGAUGUUUCCAACACCUCGCCCGCAGCCUUCCACGCCUGCGCAAACUCUUCCUCACUGCCAACCGCACCGUCUGCGACUCAGACAUAGAGGAGCUGGCAGCCAGCUGCCCCUGUCUGAGGCAUCUCGACAUUCUGGGUACACGGUCAGUGAGCGCCGCCUCACUGAAGAAACUCCUCCAGUCGUGUCCUCAGCUUGUCCUCCUGGACGUCUCCUUCUGCUCACAGAUAGACAUGCGCAUCGUCCAGGAGCUCUCUGGCCUCUUCCCCAAUGUGGCCAUCAAGAAAAGCUUCACUCAGUGACCCCAGCAUUGGCUCAUUUCCCACUACUGAGAUGUAGCAAGUGGAGGGAGGUACUGGUCAGCACAUACUGCCCCAGAGUGAUUCAGAGGCAGGUCAGAUGCAGGAGGAGAUUGCAGACCUGCCUCUGCUUGUAUCACGGACGAGAUCUUCUUUUAGCGGUCAGUAUAAAAAGCGGUGGGACUGGGUGAGGAGGAUUUUACUGGCUUUACUGAUUUAGUGAACCUAAAUGACUACAGAUUUGUAGGAGCAGGAUUAUACAACAUAAGACACUUGUAUUUUUGGGUGGGGGUUUUGUUUGUUUGUUUUUUAAAUCAGGGUUGUUGCAGUGAAGCUGCCACAUGUUCCCACAAUAUGAAUCAGCACUUACAGUAUGUAUUGCCAGAUAACACACGGCAAGGAAAUAUGCCUUACCACUAGAAAUCACACAUGAAAAAAGCAACAUUUGAGAGAAAACUUCUUUUAAGCAUCUUUUUAGGAAAACAAAUGGAACACAAAGCAUUCUUACCUGUUACUGGACUUCACAUAAUAAUAUUAGCUACAUAUCAGGGCCUUGGUCAGUGCCUUGUUUGAUUGUGGAAUAUGAACAGGCUGGUUUGUACAUGAAGGUCUUUCCGGUGGUGUUUAUCACCAUUCACUCACUUUCAUUGAAUCAUAGUGGAUGGUGUUGUGUUCAAAGGGGCUUUAAAGGUGAAAACAGCUGCACUAGAUGCAAUGCACUGUGGUUAGUGUUAUUCUUUUAUUUUUUUUACUUUAAUGAGACUAUCACAAGUUAAUAUGUGUUGCUACAAACUGCAGGAUCAUCAUUAAAUGUCCAUGCACUAGAGAUUUAGCAAUGGCGUGUUUCCAUCAAUGGGGAAAAAAAUUGUUUUCAUUUCCACAUGCUCUAAAAUUGCAGGAGUACAGAAAACACCUAAAGGCAUCAAAUUCAAAAGAUAUGCACACUGACUCUUUUGAAAUAAAAGCGCAGAGAAGUAAUGAAGAUCUUAUUUAAGAUGACAUGAAACAAAUCUAAAAAUCUUUUCCUCUCCAACUCUCAGUUAGGCGCUUUUGGUCCAGCAGUUAAUAUUUUUACUAGGAUAAUAUGAAAGAAUUUCCAACUGUAUUACCUGGGCAGCUGUUAAUGUGUCACCACAUAUCAGACACUUCAGAUGAAUGUAGUAAUAUUCUAUAUUAAGUCCGAGUGUUAACAAGUAAGAAAUACAGGGGUAGUUAUUAACUAAAUUUAUGCUAUAUGCAUGUGUGGAACUAGAGGCCUUUGUUGGAAUACUGUAGAGAAAGUCAUCUGCAGCUGAAGCAGUUGAAUGUGUUUGGCUGUAUACAGUACAUCAGACAAUUCAGUGGACUAAAUGAAAUAGAAAGUGUUAAUAAUCGGGGUGCUUGCUAAUUGGUUUUGUUCAGACCUCAUAGGUUGUGUAAACAUUUCAGCGUAGGCAAAGUUUUGUUUCCCCAAGUUUGAAAGUCACUGGCUCCUCCGCCGAGGUGAGAGCUCAGGUGGGGGAGUGUUUUCAGUGCUGUUUUUCUGUCAGCAAGUUUACACAAGCUGAGUUUCAUGAAACUUGGAGAGCUGGGCCCAGGCAUUAAAAUUAGCUGCAAAUGCACAACACCUUCUUUGAAAGUGCAAGAUAGGCCCUCUGCAGUGUCAUAAUGUUAGUGCUGUUUCUGUUGUCGUUCCUGUUGAGUUCUGUCACUGCUGUCUGACUACAGCCGACUACAUAACCCACUCCGAUCAAAUUCCACCGCUGAGAAGGAGUGCUGUAAAUUAAGCCGAGGACGUAAUGUUAACGUGUAACGAGUGUAAGUACGAUAUGUGACCUCAGUAUUUGUCCUCAAACUCAGGGGCUAUAUAUAAUCUCAUGUUCAUUAAAUGUCACUUUUUUAAAAACAUGUUUUACUCCAGAAACCAGCACAAAGGACAUCUUUACAGAAAGUAACACCAGACUUGAGUUAGCUUUAAGGUUACCGGGCUUUGGUGUUGCUCACAACAAACACACACAUGACACAAAUCGUCAGUUUGCGCUGGCGUAACAGAGACGUUAAUCAGAGCUUAUUGAGUGUUGAAUGUUGCAGUAAUUGUAUGAAAAAUGUACUGCUGCUGAUUAUUUAUUUUUUGUAAUAUAUGAAGCCAAGGCUGCAGUGUGGGAGAAGUGCUUGAAGAGCAUUUUUGUGUUUGAAACAAACUUGAAUUUUUAGUUGAAGCACAUGCUACUAGUCAAUAUUUGUGCCUUAUGCUCCUGUUUGAAUGUUGUGUCCAAGUGGUUUAGAUUGUGGUGAAGUGCUUCGCUUUUUUUUUUUUUUUUUUUUUUAAUGCCCUUCAACCAAAGUAAUACCACAUUAAUCUGGUCGUCAUCAGUCUCACACCUAUAUUUGACCAGUUUCUGUGCCAUAUACCUUAUAUCAGCCAUGUUAAUUAUUGCAAAAUAUAGAGCUAUAUAUGCAAAAAAUGGUUUAUUUAUAUUUCCCUCGGCAAUGAAAAUGUUAUUUAUACUCAUUAUUGGUGGAUGUUUAAAUGGUAAUAUACAAUUUGGGGAACUGUUUCUUGGGUUUUUUGGUAUUUUGCCUAGCUUAGCACUAAGACUGAAAGUAUGCCUUUACCCUAGCCUAACAUGAAGUGGAAAUGUGUUUUUAGCCUGGCUCAGCAUAAAGACUGAAAACAUGCCUUUAGUCUGACUUAGCAGUAAGAGUGAAUGCACGUCUUUACCUUAGUUUAGUUUACCUUAGUUUGUGCAAUGCUAGUCCACUAAACCUCAAAUCACACGGGCCUACAGACCAAUCAGCAACCUGCCCCCCGGUAACCCAAAAUACUCCAGAAACGUAAAAAAGACUGAAAUUCAGAUUUGCUCAGUGAUCGAUGUUAGAGAAUGUACAUAUUUUCCCAUCUGCCAGUUGUUUAAGCUUUAAGAAAUAAAUAUGGCAGCGACAUUUGCGUUCUGCAGCUACAGUCAUUACCUUUCUAAACACCUUAAAAAUGACUUCCUACUCUGUUCCUGCUUCCAGUCUCUGUGCUGAGCUAGGCUAAACCCAGAGCAGUCCUGGCUGCGCAGAAGUCAAUCACAUAUCGAUCUUCCAGUCUUGUUAUUGGUGUGGGUAUGGUAAAUUGCUGCAUAAGAGUGGGAAAUUAAUACUUGGUUUAUUUCCAGCUUUGUUAUAAACAGGUGUGGUAACAGUAUGGCACACCAGGCCUUUCACUAAUGCAUCAGUUUUGCCCCGCCCACCCAAAUUUUUAAUACAUUUUGAUGUUUGUUUUUUUUUAAUUGUUAUUUAUCCAGGUAAAGCUCUCAUUUCGAAGACCUGCUAUCAUGUAAUUAUGUAAUUAUGUCAGUAAUAACUACUGCACCACAAUAAAAACACUGUCACUGUUAUACUUUGUACAGCAACUAUCUGCAACAGCAUUAAUUUGCAAAGGCAAAACUAUUUAAAAAGUGAGCACCACUCUCAGAUCAUCACUGUUUGACCAGUGAUGCAGUUUGGUGUAUUUUUCUGAGGUGGCCCUAUGCUUCUUUUUUUCUUCCUCUAAUGAAUAUGCAGUCUCUCUUCUCCCACUCUGGAUAUGUGAUCAACCUUUGUGCCAUGAACUGGGAGGACCUGCAGCGGCGCUCCCUCCGCUGCAGCGUGAAAGCCACUGUUGUGUAAAGAGAUUGUGUGUGUCUCUGUCGCGAUGAAAUGCGGUGCUUCACUUUCACCAGGUUUUAAAUAAACCGAAGGCUGAU